AUGAGCUUAGCCCCGAGCCUACUGCCAUUGUCAGGUCUACUGCCCCCGCAACUGCGGGGCCUUGUCUUGAUCUGGACAGGCCUUGCAGGCGGGGACGAGGAGUACUGUGCCAUUCUUGUGGCUGUCAACUCCAUCCUGCAGAUGGUCCUGUAUGCACCCUUAGCAAUCCUCUUUGUCAAUGUCAUAAGCCGUGGUGGCGCGUCCGAGGUUUCCUGCUCUACUGUCGCCAGGAGCGUCGGAGUUUUCCUUGGGAUACCUCUGGGGGCUGCCAUUGCCACGCGCUUCAUCCUCCGGGCUAUCAACGCCAACUGGUACGAAAAGAAAUUCCUCAAGUGGAUCGCUCCGUGGUCACUCCUCGGCCUCCUCUACACCAUCUUAGUCCUAUUUGCAUCUCAAGGGAAGCGAGUCGUCCAUCAGAUCGUCUCGGUCGUCCGGGUUGCGGCUCCGCUGAUCGUGUAUUUCGUGAUCAUCUUUUUCCUGACUCUCAUGAUUACAAAGCGUCUGGGAUUCGGAUACAAGCUGUCAACCACUCAAAGCUUCACCGCAGCCAGCAACAAUUUCGAGUUGGCUAUCGCCGUCGCCGUAGCGACGUUCGGCGCCAACAGCGACGAGGCCCUGGCAACGACUGUCGGUCCACUGAUUGAAGUGCCGGUUUUGAUUUCCUUGGUUUAUCUUGUCAGAUGGAUUGCCGGACGUUGGAACUGGAAAGACUAG